AUGGCCAAAAUCCCCCUCACACUCACCCACGCGGUACAUACUGAGAUCUUGACCGUGCUCGAGGGCUCACUCUAUGUUGGCUUUGUGACAUCAAAUCCAGACAACAAGCUGUUCACAAAAGUUCUCAACAAAGGAGAUGUAUUUGUGUUUCCUCAAGGGUUGAUCCAUUUUCAGUUCAACUAUGGAACAAAAAAUGCAGUGGCACUUGCAGCAUUGAGCAGCCAGAACCCAGGGGUGGUUACUGUGGCCAAUUCUGUAUUCGGGUCAAAGCCAUCUAUUCCAGAUGAUAUCCUUGCCAAGGCCUUCCAAGUGGAUAAGAUUACUGUUGACCGCAUCCAGGCACAAUUCUAG